CAGCUGUCCCCUUCUACUUAUUUCAGAGAAGGGAGAGGUGCCUACUUCAGUGGAGCUGGUCUCCACUAGACUGAACAUUUCAGGGGACUGGGAAUUUUGUCUUAUAAAAUUAAGAAAAUAUUUCCUAACAGAGCACUGUGAAGAGUUUCCUUAUAAAAAUAACUGUAUCUCUAAAUCUGGUUGAUUAGCACUGAAUGGUAGAAAAGCUAUCAUUGGUUACCACAAGCCUGUAAGUGGAUUUCCAGAAGAGGAUAGUAACCAGAGUGGUACUGAACCAUUGGAUUUCCAGGACGCUCUCCCACUGAAGGAAAGAAUGGCUUUGUAUCAAGCAGCUGUGUCCAAGGUAGAGACCAGCAGCUCUGCUAUUAAUGCUAUAGAAGAAUCAGAAGCUUGUACAGUACCUGGUGGUUUGGCAAGAGUGAAGAAACAAUUUGAAAAAGCUGACAUUGCCUCUUCAAAAAAUACCUUUGCUCAAUACCAGUACCAGCACAAAUCCGUACAGGAAAUGACAAGUAGGAGUCAGCUCAAAGUAUCAAGCAGCAGCAAAGAAACUGAACGAAAUGAAGUGACCUCCAAAGAAUCUCAGCUGGAGGCCUUUCAAACAGAAGAGGUUUCUCAUCUUGAAAAAGCUACCCAUGAAACAACGAGAGCUUCUAAUUUUGCUCAACAUACUGAAGAAACAGUAGUCAAUGCAGCUAUGGAUGAAGAGAUUUCAAAGAUUUCAACACAGGUUUUAAAAGAACAGUUUGAAAGGACAGCCCAAGAAAAGGCUGACAGAGAGACUGCAACACCUGCAAAGCAGAUUAAGAUUGAAAAUGAAUAUCAAGAAAUUGCAUGGCCUUCUGCAGUUAGUUCCUCUUCCACGGCCAGUGCUUCAGCAAAUAGAAUACAUGAAACUUCUGUGACAAGAGAAACAAAGCAUGGGACUGCUGCUUCUCCUACAGUUCACACCAAGUCCUCUAAAUGCAGAAGCAGAGAAGAGUUACCUCCUCCUUCUACAGCCAUGCUACAACCUCCAUCAGAUAUGAGAGAGUUUUCCCAGUCCCCUGAAUUAUUCACCUCUCCAACAAAGCUCACAAUCCCCAAAGAUUUGUAUUCAAAGCAGAGAAAUUUAUAUGAAUUAAAACGUUUAUACAAACAUAUUCACCCAGAAGUAAGAAAGAAUUUAGAAAAAGAUUAUUUACGUGAAAUUUCUCAUAUUGUAUCUACUGAGCUUGAAACAGGGAAUUCAGCAUCAAGAGAUGUACAACAAGCUAGAUAUGUCUUUGAAAAUAGUCGUAAUAGCCCUCAAAAGUGUAUGAGCCCAGAGAGAGAAUACCUAGAGUGGGAUGAAAUUCUAAAAGGAGAAGUUCAGUCUAUGAGAUGGGUCUUUGAGAACCAGCCUCUGGACUCAAUCAAAGAUGAAUCUCCAGACCCAAGCAAUAUUAAAAGCAUUGCAGAUCAAGAAAUCAUUGCGGGUGGAGAUGUUAAGUAUACAACCUGGAUGUUUGAAACACAACCUAUUGAUGCACUGGGUUCACAUUCUUCAGAUUCUGCAGAAAAUGCAGACAAAAUUCCUGAGCUAGCUAGAGGAGAUGUCCGCACAGCAACAUGGAUGUUUGAAACUCAGCCUUUGGAUUCUAUGAAUAAAAUUCAUCAUGACAAGGAACAAGAAACAGAUGAAACUUGUGUUAAAGACAUUACUGGUGGUGAUGUGAAAACUGUAAAGUAUAUAUUUGAAUCCCUAAAUUUGGAUAAAAUUGGUCAGUUGUACUCAGUGGAUGAAAUUAACUUUCUGCAAUUGAGAUCCGAACUUAAAGAAAUUAAAGGAGAUGUGAAGAGAAGCAUAAAGCAUUUUGAAACUCAACCAAUGUAUGUUAUUAGAGAUAACUUGGGUCAAAUGCUGGAGAUUAAAACUGUUCACCGAGAAGACAUUGAAAAAGGUGAUGUCAGAACAGCACGCUGGAUGUUUGAUACACAGCCCUUAGACAUGAUUAACAAAGAUCCUCUGGAAAUUAAAGUUGUCUGUGGAGUCUCUAUGGAGGAAAACAUCAAAGGUGGUGUUCACAAGGCAAAAUGGUUAUUUGAAACCCAGGCUUUGGAUACUAUCAAAGAGGACUCAGAAGUAACUGUCAGUAAGAAGGAAACUAUUCUAGGAGCUGAUGUCUGUAGAAAGUGCUGCAUUUUUGAAAAUCAGCCACUUGAUACCCUAAAAGAUAAUGACAACACAACUCACCUGCCACCUGAAGAAAUAAUAGGAGGUGAUGUAAGCACCACCAAACAUUUAUUUGAAACGCUACCAAUGGAUGCAAUAAAGGAUAGUCCAGAUGUUGGGAAACUUCAGAAGGUGGUUGCUACUGAAGAAGAAAAAGGUGAUGUGAGGCAUCAGAAAUGGAUUUUUGAAACAAAACCUCUUGAACAAAUUAGAGAAGGAAAGAAGGAAUUUGUAAGAACAGUAAAACUUGAAGAAAUUGACAAGGGAGAUGUAAGCAGCUGCAAAAAUAUAUUUGAAUCAAGUGGUGUAAGUAAGUACGAUGAAUCCCAUAAAAUUCACAUAGAAGGCAUAGAAAGAGGCGCUGUAGAGUUAAAUAAAGUUCUUUUUGAAACAACUCCAUUAUAUGCAAUUCAAGACAGUUUUGGAAAAUAUCAUGAAGUUAAAACAAUUCGACAAGAAGAAAUUUUAAGAGGAGAUGUAAAAAGCUACAGAUGGCUAUUUGAAACAAGACCUCUUGACCAAUUUGAUGAAAGCGUUAAAAAAGUCCAGAUUAUCAAAGGAAUAUCUUCACAAGAAGUGCAGUCAGGUGAUGUAAAAACAGCAAAAUGGUUGUUUGAAACGCAGCCUCUUGAUUCUAUUAAAUAUUUUAGCAAUCUAGAAGAUGAAGAAAGCAAUACAGAGCAGACUACACAUAUUGUUAAAGGAGAUGUAAAAAUGUGUAGAUGGCUAUUUGAAACGCAGCCAAUGGAAUUGUUGUAUGACAAAGUUCAGGUAGUGACUGACAGUGCAGAAAUUCAUAAAGGAGAUGUCAAAACCUGCACUUGGCUCUUUGAAACACAGCCACUUGAUGCGAUAAAAGAUGAAUCAGAAACAACAGUAAAACUGCACACUGUGAGUCAGGAGGAAAUUCAAGGAAGUGAUGUCCGUACAGCAUGUUUCCUGUUUGAGACAGAAAAUUUAGAUAAUAUACAAGGAGAAGGAGAAAAGGAAUUCAAGAGAGUAGUGGAAAUUGAUAUCCAGCCCGGUGAUGUUUCCACUAUGAAGUAUAAAUUUGAAAACCAGUCACUAGAUUCUAUAAAUUAUAGUUCAGAGGAAGUUCUGGAAAAAAUUAAAAAUAUACAGAAGGAAGAUGUACAGAAAGGAAAUGUUUUACAUUGUCGAUGGCUUUUUGAAAACCAGUCUAUUGAUACUAUAAAGGAAAACCAAGAAGACAGUACAUUAUUCAGAACUGUUACCGAUAUACAGGGUGGAAAUGUGAGAAAGGGCUGCUUUAUUUUUGAGACUUUUUCUUUGGAUCAGAUUAAAGAUGAAUCUGUAGACAUCAACACAGAGAAAACCAUUAGUGUGGAAGAAAUAACAAAGGGAGAUGUGAAAAACUACAGAAUGUUGUUUGAAACCCAGCCACUGUAUGCAAUUCAAGACAAAGAAGGGUAUUACCAUGAAGUGACAACAGUUAAGAAGGAAGAAGUGAUCCAUGGAGAUGUACGUGGGACUAGGUGGCUGUUUGAAACAAAACCUCUAGACUCUAUUAAUGAAUCAGACGAUGUAUAUGUUAUUAAAGCUGUCACUCAAGAAGAUAUUCAAAAAGGAGAUGUGAGCUCUGUCAGAUACAAAUUUGAGACCCAACAACUGGACAAAAUUUCAGAAGAUGAAAAAUUAAUUAUGCCUACUAUUGAUGCUGUCCAGGGUGGUGAUGUGAAGGCCAACAAGCAAUUAUUUGAAUCUCAGGGGCUCAAGAAAGACACAUAUGUAAGAACAGUUAGUGUCAAUGAAAUUCAACAGGGCAAUGUUAAAACUUCUACUUGGUUAUUUGAAACACACACUAUAGAUGAGAUUAGAGGAGAGGGGUCAGAGUAUAAGGAUAUUAAGACAGUCAAAAAGGAAGAUGUGCAAGAAUGUGAUGUUCAGCAGGCAGUGUGGCUUUUUGAGAACCAGCCUUUAGAUUCCAUUAAGGAACCUGAAGAAAGUGAAAUAAAAAUAAAGGAAGAAAUUCCACAGUCAGAUGUAAAGACGACAACAUGGCUUUUUGAAACAACACCUUUCCAUGAAUUUAAUGAAAGCAAGGUUGAAAAGGAAGAAAUUAUAGGAAAAAGUAUCACAGAAACUCUAAAAGAACUUUACUCUCACAAAGUUGUGGAGUCUCAUGGAAUUAUCCUUGAGGCAGAUGAAAUUGGAGAUGUCCGAAUGGCAAAAUAUAAACUAAUGAAUCAAGAGCCACCUGAAAUACAAAAGGAAGAGAUUAUUAAAGGGGAUCUAGGCAACAUAAUGAUGAACCUGCUGUCCAAAAGGAGCACUGUCAAAAGAGAAAUUACAGUAAAUGAAGACGAAAAGGGCAAUGUCAAUUUGACCAAAGCUCAAUUACUGAACAGAUCGACAGAUGUUCUUGUUGAAAAAGAAGAGAUAGUGAGAGGCGAUAUACAGGAAGCUAUAAAAAACCUGUUUAGUGAGGAUAGUUCUGUAAAACGAGGAAUUUUAAUUCAGGAAAAUGAGAGAGGCGAUAUUAACAUGACAGUCUAUUCUCUCCUUCACAAAAAGGAUGGCAAUAAAAUCCAUCAUGAUGAAGUGAUAGGUGGUGAUGUGAAACGUACUAUUCACAACCUUCUGUCUUCUACCAUGAAUAAUGAAAUAACAGAAAGAGCUAAAAUAGAUGAAUCAGAGAGGGGAAAUGUUCAGUUUUUCACAACCUGCAUAGAAUCUGGAGCUCUGGAUUAUCUAAAAAUGUUUCAGACUGGGUCAAAUGAAAUAUUCACAAUGAAGAAACAAGAAGAGGAAGGAGAAAUAAUUGGUGGUGACGUAGAAGGUACGAAGCUGUUACUGAAGAAACAGAAGCUUCCAAUUCAACGCACAGUUAAUGAAACUGACAUCAUCCCUGGAGAUGUGUCUAAUACAGUUAAAAUUUUUUUGACAGAGCCAGAAAAUACAUCUUGCCAUGUGCACAAAGAAGAAAUUAUAAAAGGUGAUUUGAAGGCAGCUUUACAUUCACUCAGCCAGGCUAUAAAUCAGACAACUGUUACAGAAAAGGAAGAAGUUAUAAAAGCUGAUAUCCUGGCAAUACUAAGGUCUCUUAAAGAAUCAUCCUACCAACUGAAAGAAACAGAAAAGCCUGAUGUCAUCCCUGGUGAUAUUAAGCGGACAAUUGAAUCCCUUGAAAAAGCUAUAAACACAACAAAUAAAGUUCUGAAAGAGGCGGUUGUUCAAGGUGACCUUGAAUCAACAUUAAGAUCUUUAAAAGAAGCUCAGCAGUCCCUCAAGCGCAUAGACAAAGAAUGUGUAAUCAGCAAUGAUAUUCAGAAUGAUGGACAAUACCAGCUAGAAGCCUCUGCAGAAGAGAAAAUUGUAGAGCAUCAAGAAAGUGAGUAUAAAGACAUAAAAAGCACCAAGAAGAUACUUUCUGAGGCUUCUCAAAUAUUAGCAAAAAACCAAGUUAAUGUAACACAAAAUCUACAAAAGACUGUUAAAUCUCUCCAUGAAUAUCAUGAAGGAAAGCAUGCUGAAGAUGAGACUGUCUCCAGGGGUUUAAAAGGUACUAGGAAGAUCCCUUUAAAUCAAGAAUGGAGCACUGAAUCUCUGGAUACUGAUAAAACAUUUCUAAGGAGCUUACCUAAUUUACAACAGAAAGUUAUCAAAAAAGUAGAUGAUUCCAAGGAUAAAAUUCAACUCCAAAGCCAUACAAAAAAAGAAGCAAAACCUCUUAUUGAUCAACAUGUGACCAGUCAGUCUGCUUUUAACGCUAAAGUUAAGAGGGAAGUGAGAACAGAGAAAUCAGAGGUGUGCAGAGCUUUGAAGGAGGAUCAUAGCUGCAGCACAGUUCAGUUUACUGAACACACAGCAGAAAAGAAACAGAAUCCAUGUAACGAGCAUGAAGAUAAUGAUUUUUUCAACAUAAACAAUACAGAGAGAAGAGGAAAGGCAAAAAUAUCAACAGGAGUUUAUACCUCCAAAGCCAGAGCCAGACAACAACCAAUCAACGUGGCUGCUAGUGGGGUUUCUAAAGUGACUGGCCAUCCAAAACAAGUGGCAAAGAAAGAAAUAAACCAAGCUCAGAAGUUUAAGGAGGGUUUUGGAGAGAGUGAAAUGAGUGUUCAGCCAGUGCAAGAUGUAGUUUCCAUGACAGCAGAGCCAAAUAUAAAAAUCAAACAAAAAGUAAAAGUUGGACAUGAAAUGCACAAUAAAUAUACAGAAACUGAAAAGAAGAAAAAGAGCAAUGCUCAUCAACACAAGACUAAAACAGGAAAGACUAAAACAGAAGCUACUAAAUCAGACUUCCAGUGUUCAGUAAACAAACCUUUAAAUCCCGCCAAGAAUGGUAUGGAGAAAGAUUUGCCAGAAAUAGAUUCCCCACCCCCUCCACCACCCCCUCCUCCACCACCACCUUCAUUCACAUCUUCUGAACUGGAAUUUCCUCUACCUCCUCCUCCUUCAAUGAUGCCAUCUGAUACAUUGUCACACUUAAUUAUGGACAACACCAAAGCUGAAUUUGACCACUUUCCUCCUCCUCCACCACCACCACCACCACUAGAUGACAAAUUGGUAAAUGAAUUUCUGCCUAGUCUCUCUCUCCCACCACCACCACCUCCUCUCACAAUUUCUCCUACUGUUCAGCCAAAGCAAAAGAAAGAAUAUUUCCCCAGAUAUCCAGAGAAGGUGCCACCUCACUCAGUGCAGCGUCCUGCUAAGGCUGAAGCAUCAGGUAAGGCACCUGAGGGUCCAUCCUCAAAGACAUGUCUGCAAAUGGAACCAUCUAAGAGGCUAGCAGCUAACAAGUCUAAAAUACCUCCAAAACCUGAAACCACUGUUCUUCAGAAAGGCACAGAAAUUAAUAUUACCAAAACAGCAGAAGAAAGCAAAGUGUCUGAAACCAUGGUGAAUAUUGUUAGCCAAGAGCAGAGACAGAAAUCAACUCAUGCAAGAACAGGAGAAGUAAAAAAGCCCUCACUCAUUACAGAAGGGAUUAAUCCACCACCCCAAAUUCCACAAGAAUCACCGCCCACUAGGAAGAGAGUGGCUUUUCCACUUACAAAAUCACCUUCCCUUCCACCUGAGCCAACACAAACACAACCUAAACCUUACAUCCGGAAAUUUAAAACCCCUUUAAUGAUUGCUGAAGAAAAAUACAAACAGCAAAGGGAGGAGAUGGAAAAAAUGCAAGCCAAAAGCUUGUGUCAUGGGACUGCCAGAACAAACAACGAGGCACAGGGAAGUCCAGUUCAAACAGAGCCAGAAAAUCAUGUGCCAUUACAAAAAUCAACCAAGCAGGAUCAAACUGCUUCACAAGGUUCAAUGCCCUCUCUAACUCCACAGCAAGUGAUGCCCUCUGAUUCUGACUUUCAAGUCAAUUUACAAGCAACAGGAUCUCAAGUUGAUAAACAACUGUCUGCAUCAUUAGUAGUAUCAUCAGCUGCUGAGCAGCUUCAAAACAUUUUAGAAACCUCAGCAGAAGAUCAUAUUAGGAAAAAAGAACUGCAAGGUUCAAAGGAUCUUACGAAACAUAAUUUAUCUUGUCAAAUGGAACAAAUCCAUCAAAAACAUGCUUUGCAUAAGACAGAGCAGCUGGAGAAUGUGGAGCAGUUGCACAUGUCCAAAAAUAAAAUCAUCUCCCCUAAUUUCAAAGUUAAAACCAUCAAGCUCCCCAUUGUAGAUCAAAGCUUACAUGAAACACAGAAAGAUUCUAGGGUGCAUGAAAAACAACAGGAAAUUAAUGUUCAAAAUGUUGUCAAACAACAAAAUCAGGAAAAGCAGAGAAAAGACAUAAGCACUGUCAUUGGGAAAAAACAGAGUAUUGCAAAGCAGCACCAGACACAUGCUGAUGGGAAGGUGCUGACAGAAAAAACACCUUUAAAGCACAUGGAGAACAUGCAAACAGUAAGGAAGAAAGAUUUCAGUCAAGUGAAACAUAACUUAAUUAAUGAGAAAGGAACAGAAAAAGGAGAAGCCAGGCAUGAGAAGGUCUCACUGACUAACAAAAUAAAUCAGGGCAAGAUACUAGCUUGGCCAGAAGACGACAAAGUAACAAUACAGAAAAAACAAGAGCAGUUUAGGAAUAAAUCAGCAGAGAAAGUGCUCCAACACAAGGUAGCUGAUACGCAUCAUGACUCACAGACCCAAAUUGUAGAGCAAAAGAAUGUGUGUGUUUCUGAAAGUAACUUCCAGAAUAAAGAAUUGUCCCACCAGUAUAAUAGUCUGCAAGAAAAAGAAUGUGUCACAGACAAGGACUCGCAAGUAAAACAAGCUUUUCUGAAGACAAUAGAUCCAAAACAAGAGAUUACACAGAACAAAUCUUCAUUUUCUUCUUCACCAAAAGUAUCACAGCCAGUUGAUGAAAAAUGUGCGGCCGAUAUACUAGAAUUCUUGAGAAAAAGGGAAGAACUGCAGCAAGUUUUGUCUAGAGUGAAACAGUUUGAAGAUGAGCCAAAUAAAAAUGGCAUGAAAAGAUUUCAGACAUUUUUAAGUAUUAUCCCUGUAUGGCUAAUAGACCAAGAAAGAAAGAAAAACAUAGUUCAUAUUAUGAUGGAAAAUAAUUUAGAAAAGCUAAAAGGAGAGCUAUCAGAUAUUAAACAGCAUGCAGUCAAAAUGCUCGCCUCCUGUGAAGAUACAAUCCAGACUGCUAUGUUGACCACAAACCAAGUGAAAUCCAGACAUGACUCUGUCAGCUAUGGGGACCCAUCCCAGAAAAUAUCAAAAAUCAGCUUGGGCUCCAACAGAAAAGAUACACAUAAAAUGGAAGAUAUUAUCAAACAAGAAACAGCGCACCAUGAAAUUAAACAGCAGUCUAAUGGAAUCAGACAGACAGAGUUCAGAAUUUCUUCUCCAGCACUAAGAAUGCGAUCACCGUCUCCUACUUACAUAACAAUUGCAUCUAGGCGGACAGACUCUCCUCUCAAGGACAUGCCCUCCUCAUCUCCCAUCCAAAAAGAAACUAACACUGUUCCUCCAUCACUUCCCAGAUCUGCAACACCAAACUCUAGAAUUCAAAGGCCAGCUUCUGCUCCCUCUUCUCCAAGAAGCCACUGCAAACAAGCGGCCAAACUGAAAGACUCCACAGCAAAGUUAUCUCAAGGAGCAACACGGUACUGGUCAGUGACACCAAUUCCAGUUGUUGAAAAAAGGUCAGAAAUAGUUAAGUCUCCUGCAACCCUUCGCCGACAACUUAAGAUUGAAACUCAUGCUGCAGAGACUUUAUCCUCAGCAACUAUACCUGUAACUCAAGUAACUGCUGGUACAGUAAAGAGUGAAAAAGCAGCACGUGAAGAGGAUAAAAAAGCAGAGAAAAGCAACACCCGCAGGCACCAAAAGCCAGUAAACAUUCCAGAAUGCUUACAGCCCCAUACUGAAAGCUUAGAUGCAAUCUCAGUUACACAAAAAAUUGAGGGUCCUAAGGUUGAUCAUUCAGGGCUUAUUCAUAGGUUUGAGGCAUCUGAGAGAGUGAUACAUACACAAAAACAGCCAAUUACAAUAGCUGAAAGAUUAGGCAAUGAAAGUGAAGAGGAAAUGGAUAUGUUCUUAGGGAACACUGGAGACAACUCAGUAUUUGAUAUAAAAUCAAAGAAAAGAUUUUUUGAAAGUAGUGAAAUGAACAGUAAAGUAAAGGCUGGCAGGCACACAUUUAGCAAGGAUGAAUAUGAUCUGAAGUCUGUGGAGACUCAAAAGCAAAAAGAUGGCUUACAAAAUUCUCCUUGCUGGCAGCUCAGGGACUCAAAGCAAAAUGCAUCUUAUGAACAAAGGCAAUGUGAAGAUAAGGAGUGCUCAUUUGAACCUGUUGUGUGCAUAGAAACAAAGUCUCACGGUGAACAAUCUUCUGGUCGGGAUGCAUUUGCAAACACAGUCACUGAAUCUAGGGCUGCUGCCUCCACAUCACAAGGUGCUGAUGGUAUGCAGUCAGGAUUUGGUUUCAAGCAUGCACCUCCAACAUAUGAAGAUGUAAUCUCAGGACACAUUUUGGAUAUUUCUGCUGCUGAUUCACCAGAAGAACUACUAAGAAAUUUUCAGAAGACGUGGCAAGAAAGUGAGAGGGUGUUUAAAAGUCUUGGAUACAGAGUCUCAGAUACUUCUGAAACUGAAGUGAGAAGUAGCUUCCACCAAGAAGCAGAAUUUUUCAGUGAAACUGCAACUUCAGGAAAAGGAAGUGUGCACGCUUUGUCAAAAGAAAGCUUAUCCAAUGGAAUGUCUAAUUGCCGACAAGCAGAUUUUUCAUAAAUCUUGUUUCCGAUGUCACCACUGCAGCAGUAAGCUAAGCUUGGGAAAUUAUGCAUCUCUCCAUGGACAAAUAUACUGCAAACCCCAUUUUAAGCAACUUUUUAAAUCUAAAGGAAAUUAUGAUGAAGGUUUUGGACACAAGCAACAUAAAGAAUUAUGGAAAGACCAAAGUAGCU